CUAUAUUCCUAAUCGCGCACAUGAAGGGCGGUAACUUUAGAGUGCAUGAAACUCAUCAUUAUCUCAUAAGGAUGUCGAUCAUGGUCAAAGAAAAAUUUAUUUAACUCUCUAACUUCGAGAAGUGUCAAAUAAAUUAAAACGAAGUCCCGGAGCAAGUAUAAGUUAUGUGCUGCUUUAAUUUAUUUAAUACUAUUUCAUUUCAACAUAGUGAAACUCAUACACUUACGUAAUUACACUUCUUCUUCUCACAUGAUAUGGCAAUGGCCACAAUAAUCAUAUCUGCAUCAAUUACUAGCAAACCAAUUUUAAUUAGGAAAUUACAAGUUCCAAUAUCCUGCAUCUCUAAUUCCCCCAUUAGACGAUCUGGAAAUUAUCAGCCUUCUAUUUGGGAGUAUACUCAUAUCCAGUCACUGAAGAAUCAAUAUUCUGACGAGCAAUUCAUGAGACGCCGUGAUGAGCUGAAGAAGGAAGUCAAGACCAUGCUUAGUAAUCGUAAUAUGAAGCAAUUGGAGCAGUUGGAGAUUAUUGAUAAUUUGCAUAGGCUUGGAUUAUGUUAUCACUUUGAAGAUGAAAUAUACAGCAUUCUGAAUAACUUGAGUGGCAAAACUAGCAAAAGAGAUCACUUGUAUGCUAAAGCUCUGGAAUUUAGGCUCUUGAGACAACAUGGAUUUAAUAUUUCACAAGAAAUAUUUGGUGGUUUCUUUGGGAAUAUUGGUUUAAGUGAAAUUCAAUAUUCUGAGGAUACCAAGGGGAUGUUGUAUUUGUAUGAAGCUUCAUUUCUUGCAAUAGAAGGUGAAAAAGAGUUGGAGUUGACAAGAAAUUGGACAGAGAAACACCUAAGAGAAUAUUUGGAAAAUAAUAGUAAUAUGGACCAAAAUUUGGCUGAAUUAGUGCACCAUGCUUUGGAGCUUCCAUUGCAUUGGAGAAUGUUGAGAUUAGAGACCAAAUGGUUCAUCAAUUUUUACAAGAAAAGACAAGACAUGAUCCCUUUCUUAUUUGAGCUUGCUAGCCUCGAUUUCAACAUUGUUCAAGCAGCUCAUGUGGAGGACUUAAAAUAUGUGGCAAGGUGGUGGAAGGAAACAUGCUUAGCUGAGAAUCUGCCAUUUGCUAGAGAUAGGUUGGUGGAGAAUUUCUUUUGGACAAUUGGAGUAAAUUUUCAUCCUGAAUAUGGAUACUUCAGAAGAAUUGCCACAAAAGUAAAUGCUUUAGUAACCACAAUUGAUGAUGUAUAUGAUGUUUUUGGUACUCUUGAUGAACUACAAAUCUUCACUGAUGCCAUUCAAAGCUGGAAUAUCGACAAGUUGGAUAAACUCCCAGACAAUAUGAAGAUGUGUUAUUUUGCACUCGACAACUUUAUUAACCAAGUGGCCGCUGAUGCUUUUGAAGAGCAAGGCAUUUUCAUUUUACCAUACCUAAGAAACGCGUGGAGUGAUUUGUGCAAAUCAUACCUAAGAGAAGCAAAGUGGUACUGUAGCCGGUACAUUCCAACCAUGGAAGAGUACAUAGACAAUGCCUGGAUUUCAAUAUCAGCUCCUGUAAUAUUAGUACAUGCAUAUUUCCUCGUUGCCAACCCAGUAAACAAGGAGGCUUUGCAUUACUUGGAGGAUAAUUACCACGACAUAAUUCGUCGCUCAGCGUUGAUAUUGCGGCUCGCCAAUGAUUUAGGAACAUCAUCGGAAGAGUUGAAAAGGGGUGAUGUACCCAAAUCAAUACAAUGUUACAUGAACAAAACAAAUGCUUCAGAAGAAGAGGCUCGACAACACAUAAGGGUUUUGAUUAGCCAGACAUGGACUAAAUUGAACGAAGCUCAUGAUGUAGCAGCACAUCCCUUCCCUAAGAUAUUUGUUACGUGUGCUAUGAACCUAGCAAGAAUGGCACAAUGCAUGUACCAACAUGGUGAUGGCCAUGGCGGCAAUAACUCCACGACUAAAAACCGCAUCAUGGCAUUGCUCUUUAAAUCUAUUCCUCCAGCUUACAAAUGCUCUUCAGCAAACAUGCUAUAG